AUGUCGGCCAAUGUUUCUCAACCAAAUUAUGCCUUUCCAUCGGCGGACAUUCCUGGAAUACCUUUGGAUAAUAGUAACAUUUCUUAUCCGAACCCGGAAUAUGCAAAGUUACUAGCUUAUUCAUUGUAUUUUUACGAGGCGCAAAGAAGUGGCAAGCUACCACCUGAUAAUAGAGUCUCAUGGAGACACGACUCUGCCUUGCAAGAUGGACAAGAUGUUGGACUCGAUCUAACUGGGGGAUAUUAUGAUGCAGGUGACUACUUAAAAUUCACCCUUCCGUUAUCUUGGGUCAUCACGUCUGUGUCCUGGGGCGUUUUGGAUUGGGGCCAAGGAUAUCAACUUUCGAAUCAAUCUCAAUAUGUUCAUGACAUGAUCAAGUGGGGAACAGAUUGGUUGAUAAAAGCACAUUCCAAUCAAAGUACAUUAUAUGUGAUGAUUGGAUUAGGUGAUGUGGAUAAUAAUUAUUGGGGCCCAGAUACCAACAUUCCGCUUCCACGUCCCUCGUUCAAUGUAAAUUCGUCAGCGCAUGGAACAGAUGUUGCUGGUGAGACAGCGGCCGCAUUUGCCGCGUCAUCUCUAGUAUUCCGAAAUUACUACAACGAAUCAUCUUACGCGGAUACCCUUCUUUCACAUGCAAUAAGAGUAUAUGAAUUUACUGAAUCAACUCCAUUUGUGCUAUACCAGAAUUCGGUCCCCCAAGUCAAGGACCUUUAUUCUUCAUCUAACUAUACGGAUGAGUUGGUGUGGGGCGCACUUUGGCUGCAUCGAGCAAUUAACAAUGGAACAGACUAUCUCACCAAGGCCAUUAAUUACUUCAAUGCUAAUUCUUUGGCCGGAAAGAAUGGUGUGGUAAAUUGGGACGACAAGACGGGAGCAGUUUAUAUAUUACUCGCGCAAUUGGUUCAACAGUCUGGUCAGGAUGCGACCAUCUGGAAGGCUGAAGCUGAAAGAUACUUGGAUGGAAUAGUAACACAAUCGACAGGAUGUUUUCUCACAAAAGGUGGUCUUCUAUGGUACGGUGGUGAUAGUGCGCCCGCAUCCUUAAACCCGGCGCUUAAUGCCGCAUACUUAUUGUUGAAUUAUGCCCCUUACGCUACUUCGUCCGACAAGGCUCAGAGAUAUAGGGACUUUGCCAUGUCGCAAAUUGACUAUUCGCUAGGAAAAAAUCCAAUGCGUACACCUUAUGUGAUUGGUGUUCAUCCCAAUUCUCCACAAAAUCCUCAUCACGCCGGCGCCAGCGGUGGAACUGAUGUCUCGAACUUGAACUAUCCGCCAAUUACUAAAUAUAUUUUGUAUGGAGCCCUUGUUGGCGGCCCCAAUAGUAAAGAUCAAUUCGAUGACGAUAGAACAGAUUAUUCCGAAACAGAGGUCGCAUUGGAUUACAAUGCACCCUUUCAAAAUUUGAUGGCAUAUCAAGUUAUAAACUCGCACAGCUAUCCUUAUUACGUCAGCGUUCCUCCUGGAAGACCAUCGAUAGCCAAAGGCCUUAGCACCGCCGUCAUCGUGAUUAUUGUGAUUAUCGCAGCUUUGUUAGUUGUCGUUAGUACUUUAUUGAUAUGGAAACGCAAAGAAAUUUCCAGCUGGUGGAAAAAUCUUCGAAACAAACAAUGA